AUGCGCUUGCCUCUCUGGGAGCCUCGAAAGCUGUGCGCACAGCAGGUGCAGAGCUACAUUCAGCCUCCCCUUCCAUCACUUUGGAUUUUUAUGAAGCCUGACUUUGCUUUGGAAGACCCGGCCACCUUCAGCACCGUCCUGCCCUGGUCUCACUUUCACAGUGCUGGAGGGAAGAGCAGCCGAGAUGGAGCUUCCUCCAAACUGCUGCAGGAGAAGCUCAGCCACUACCUGGAUGUUGUGGAGGUCAGCAUCGCUCGACAGAUCUCGCUGCGUUCUGAGGCUUUCUUCCAUGCCAUGUCCUCCCAGCAUGAGCUGCAGGACCGGCUGCAAGAGACGCAGCAGGCCGUGGCCGUUCUGCGGCGCCGAACCGCAGCCAUGGACAGGGUCAUGUGCCAGGGGCCUCUCUGGGCGCUCCGCUCGUCUUUGACUCGAAGCAACUACGUGAAGCUGCACAAUAAGCUGAAGCUGAUGGCGGCGGUGCAUCAGACGCAGCCCACCGUGCAGCUGCUGCUCUCCACCUCGGAGUUUGUGGGAGCACUGGAGCUCAUCUUCACCACCAAGGAGGUGCUGCAACAGGAGCUGCAGGGGAUCCACAGCUUCAGACAUCUGGGCUCCCAGCUGUGUGAGCUGGAGAAGCUGAUCGACAAAAUGAUGGUGGAGGACUUCAGCAUGUACGCCCGCAGCGAUCUGAACCGGAGUCUGAAGGAGGAGCCUCAAGUGCUGGAGAAGGAGCGUCUGGAGUCGCUGGUAUUUGGACUGCUGCGGCAGAGAAAGCUGGACUUUCUGGAUAUUUAUAGCGAGGAGAUGAUCAUAGCUGCUAAGGCCAUCGUCACACAGUGUGUGGCAGAUAGUGUUGUGCACAUAGAACAAAUUGACACUGAAGUCAUCUUUAAGCUGGCUGAUCAGAUGCGUCUGAUGACGUUCCCUCAGUGGUUUGAGCUGCUUCAGAACGUCUUUGAGUGUUUCCUUUUUUUCCUGCGGAGAAUAAAGGCUUCGUUAAACGUGAUCAGAAAUGUGGUUCUGGAAGUUUUGGCCUCAAACCAGAAAAACCGGCUCCCUGUACAGGCCAGUUCCGGGAAAUUGGGUCAAGAGGACUCCCAGGGCACGUUGGUCCUACAGGGGGAGGCUGAGCUAGCUUACCUCACCCACGAGGGUCUGUUCAUCAGUGACGCGUUGAAUGAAGCCCAGCAGAAGCAAGAGGCUGGGUUGGUGGGCCAAAAUCAGACCUCCACAGUGAACUUCAGGACCCAGACGGGUCUAGUGGAGACCGGUGAUGGUAACCCCCCCUCUGGGGUCACAGAGGUUUCUGCAAGCAGAGAGCAGAGCUUCAUGUCCGGUGAGAAUAUGAUGCCUACUGAACUGGAGCUGAACUGUGUGAUCAGCAACAUCCAAGGCCUGCUGUACAAGGCCUCAGACGUUAGCCACGACCGCUGUGUCAAAGUCCUCACAGCCAGAGCUAAGGACGGUUCUCUGGAGCGUCUGAGCUCAGCAGAGUUUGUGAGUCUCUCUCAGGCAGUGGAGGCUUUUGUUAGGGACUCCGAGGAGCUGUGUGGUCGAACCAGACUCUCCCUGAGGGGGGAGCUGCAGAACCAGGCCAAACGUUUUGUUCAUCGCUUCCACGAAGAGCGCAAAAACAAACUCGGUCUUCUCCUGGAUAAUGAGCGCUGGAAGCAGGCAGAAGUCCCAGCAGAGUUCCAGGACUUGGUAAACUCCAUAGCUGAUGGAAGAAUAACACUUCCAGAGCGCAAAAUACCAGGUCCAGAUGACAGAAAACCUGCAGAGUGUCUUCUCGUUGAUGGACAGAAAUAUGCAGUUGUUGGGACUGUGCUGCUGCUGAUUCGUAUUUUUUUGGAAUAUUGUCAGUGUGUAAACGACAUCCCAUCCAUCGCCACUGACAUGCUGACACGUCUGUCAGACCUCCUUAAACACUUCAACUCUCGCAGCUGCCAGUUGGUUCUAGGAGCUGGAGCUCUGCAGGUCGUCGGCCUCAAAACUAUCACUACAAAAAACCUGGCAUUAGCCUCCCGUUGUCUGCAGCUGGUGGUUCACUACAUCCCCAUCAUCAGGACUCACUUUGAGACCAAACUGCAGCACAAACAGUUCAGCGUUCUCCGACACUUCGACCACAUCCUGAAGGACUACAACGAUCACAUCGCAGAGAUCUCUGCUAAGCUGGUGGCCAUCAUGGACGGUCUGUUUGAGAAGGUUUUAUCAAAGUAUGAAGUAAAGGCUCCGAUGCCGUCGGCCUGCUUCAGAAACGUCUGUAAGCAGAUUGCAAAGAUGCACGAAGCUAUUUUUGAACUUCUGCCUGAAGAGCAGACCCAGGUGCUGUUUCUGAAGAUUAACGCCAGCUUUAAAAUGCACCUCAAGAGACAGCUGGCAAGACUUGGUGUCAUUAAUGAUGGAGGACCGCAGCACGGGCUGGUGGUGGUGGACGUGGCCUUCUACACGGAGAACAUCCAAGCACUGAGGAGCCUCGAACGACUUGACCUGAGCAUGGUGGAAAUCUGGGAGCAGAAGAGGUGAUGAAGGGGGCGGAGUCUUGACAUCCGGAACAAACCCGUAGACUGACCGGGGGCGACCUUGACUAUCAGCAGCCACCUGAGGAGGGCACAAGACGCCCCAAACCACUGAACUGGGUGAAGAUCAGCAGCAGCAAGCUGAACUUCCACAGCGUGGAAGACUUGAUCAGGAAACAGGGAAACCUCCUUAAACCUGCAGCCGCCUCCCCUCACUGUGCAACGAAAUACAAUAAAUUACUGGAGACUUUUCAAGGAGGCUGUGGAUGAUGAUGAUGGUGGUGGGGUAAUUUAUUUUUCUGUCCUUUUGGGAACAUUGUGACUUUGGUGGACUUUGUCUCCAGCGGGCUGUGAUGAAGGUGAUGAAGAUGAAGGGGUUUCCCUCUAUUUUU